CUCCCUCUACUAUAACCAGUAUAUUUCACAGUGUGGACUUUAAAUUCACACGCCUAAACUGUAUGUGUGUUGCAAACUUUAAACAAAAUUUCGGGAGAAUAUUUAACAACACCCAGAAAACAAGCAAUGACAAAACUAUACAUUUUGACCUGGAUGUUUAUGCUAUUACUCAUUAAAAGAUCUAGGUGUCUGUUCAAUAUUCCAAAACAAGAAUUGGCUUGCUUGGGAAGAGUUUUGAAUGAUUACGGCACCAUUCAUAGUUGUCCGUGGGAUAUAUCUAAUGCCUGCUCAGCGCCUCAUAUAAAAUGUCAUAGAAACAAUUCCCUGUGUGGAGAGCGAAAGCAGCAGUUUACCGUGGUCUCAAUCAUUGUGUUCUUGUCUUCAUAUCCUAUUCUUAAAAACGAGAAAGUGUUUACAACAUUGUGUGCAUGUGGGAGAACAGAUUUCAGCUGUUACGUUUCAUUGAACGAUACUACAGGCAUUCAAGAACUGUGUAACGAAGAUGCUUUAUCCUUCUCACCAACAGUCCCAUUAACAACCGAGGUUUAUAAGCCUUCUAAUGGUAGUACUGCGGAGACCCCUUGCUCAACCCAGAAAAGUAGUUCUUCUGCUGGCGAAAUAGUCGGAGCUCUAUUUGGUGGCAUUGUUCUGGGUGUCUUGGGGGUUAUUUUGUCAUAUUUUGGGAUCAAGUGGUAUCGAAACGCAAAACCGAAGCAUACCACCAGAAAAAGUGAAUUAGGAACAGCGAAUCCAGCAUAUGGAUCCACACCGUACACUGUGCCUGUCGAUCAACAAUCAAAUUCUAGACCAAGAAAUACUUCCCAUGUUUACACGACGAUCAAUGACAAUACUCCUAAGGUUUCCCACGUCAAACCUAUAGUGAGAUAUGACCAAGAAGACAACGCAACUUACAGUGAAACGUACAGUCAUCUGAAUGAAUCAGAAUAUAAAGAAACAACGGAUAACUACGAUCACGUUAGACCACCAGGGGGUAUAUCGAAAACAUCAAUGAAUGACAGCAAUGGUAUGAAAAAUAAUUCUAGCGCUUUUGCUAAUCCGGUAAAUGAAUAUACGGAAGUUGUGGGAGACGGAUUUUUAAAUCAUGGUGAAUGCCAUGGUAACUAAGCCAAGCCAUGGAAAGAAGGACACUAAAUCAUGUUCUUUAUCUAUAAAUAU